CAAACUGCGUACCUGGCUAUUUUUCACAGGUGAUUAAAUAACCAUGUGCAUUCAGGGUAUUCAAUGGGUUAAAAGGAAAUAGGUACGGAAAUAAAAUAUACUGUGUAUUGACACUGGUAUUGACUUGUAAAUCUUUUAUUUCUGUUUGGCUAUUUUGCCUAAAUGAUAUUUAAACAAUGGACAUGGACACAAUCACCUUUCGUAAACAGUUAAAUGGACUGACCAGAGUAGACAUGGAAGAGUACUUUGACGAUGUUGAAGUUGAGAAUUUAUACCAUUGGAUAGAUAGAAUACCACUCUCACGGCCAAAGAAAAACGUUGUCAAAGAUUUCUCCGAUGGAGUACUAGUAGCAGAAAUUGUUGCUCACUACCUUCCUAAAUGGGUAGAGCUUCACAACUAUACACCAGCUGCAGCAACAAAGCAAAAAAUGGAAAACUGGUAUUUAUUAAAUAGACGAGUACUACGAAAAUUAGAUUUAGACUUAUCAGAUGAUGUAAUAAGGGCACUCGCUAAUACCACAAAUCCAAAACCUAGGGUAAUAGAAAAGGUUUUGAUGUUACUACGUAUGCAGAUUGACAAGAUGAUGGAAAAACAAGGUAGGAGUCGUCGGGAAAUCGAUCUCUCCAUGUCCAUAGACAAAGAUUUAUUGAAAGAUUCAAAAGCAUUAGUUCCUGUUACAUCAAAAUCUACAGGGAGACAUUCCCCAGAAAAAAUAUCAUCACCAAGAAAAUAUCAACGAGGAGAAAUUCCACACAGUCACCCAGACAGAUCAGCUUAUCCAAGACCAAAAAAUCCAUUUUAUUGGACAUACCUAGGAGACGGAAAACAGCCUUUAUAUGAACCAAAACUAUUUAUUGUACCAUCAUCAGAAAAUGUUUCAAGAAGUUUACUUGAAGAAAAGGAAAUGGAAAGUCUGGCUAAAACUGAAACGAUUAAAAUACUGAAUUCAAAAAUAAAGAGAUUAGAGCAACUGCUACACUUAAAAGAAAUCAGAAUAGAAGACUUACAAACACAACUCUCUCAAGUGCAAGGAAUGUAUUAUGUGACAACUAAAAGAUAUAGAUAAAUUACUUUUGUGUAGAAAUGAAUCUGUACAUAACUAAUGUAUUUUUUUCGAAUUUUAAGAAGCUUCAGGGAUAGCAUGAAUCUAUUACUAAAUGGACAAUUGUUACAAGGAAUCUAGUUUUACCUAACCUAGACCAAAAAAACCAAACCAAAACCUCAAUAUAUCACCUAUUGUUACCAUCAUGCUACAUAAAUGUUUCUAAAUGAAAUAUAUGUAUAGAUAAUAAGUUUGGGUAUUUUUGGUUGGUUUGUUUUUGUAAGUUCAUUAUUUGUUUUUAAGGUGUUCAUACCAUAUUGAAAUUUGUGGAUAUAUUUGAUAAUAUAUAGAAGCUAUUUGACAUCAUUCCAAUACGAAAAGUUAAAUGCUUGUAUAAAUGUCAACUAAUGGAUACUUAUCUUAAGAUGUUUCUAAAUGUUGCGGCUUUCAAAUCCAAAUCCGAAGUCUUGCUUUUGAAUUUGUAUGCACAAUUUUAACAAGUCCUGUGGUCAGAAAUUGGUAUGAAUACCUUAAGGAUGAUUUCUAUAACAUUUACUUCCUUGUUUUUGUGGGGGUCAUUGCCGCCAAAGCUCCACAUAUUUUGCUGUAAUUGAGAUGAUAUUGGGAACUUUCGAAAGUCUUUAGAUCAUUCUUUGUUGGUAUAGAUAAAAAAAAAAUAAGAAUUGGUCACUUGUAAAUGGAUGUAAAUACAUGUAUUAUUUGAUUUAAAUUCAAAUUUGUAAUUAAUUAUGAAAAUGUAAAUGUACCUAAUAAUAUCAGUAGAAAGCAACCAUUGUUUUUGUUUUGUUUUUGAAAUUAGACUAGGUUUCCUUUCUAUAGCCAAAUGAUUUUAAUUUUAUAUCAGUUUAUUAUAUUCAUGUACUCAGUGUUAUGUUUUUAUCAAAAUAUUGUGUUAAUUUAGAUAUUGAGGUAUGAUGUCCAGUUUUUUGUUUGAUUUAAUUAUUUGUUCCUAUACAUAUUUUUCUGUUAUUGCAUAUUUUUGAUUUACAUUUCAAGAUUUGUCUCCCUUAAAUAAGAUAUGAAUAUUUAGUUGUAUUUUUGAUGUAAUGUAAAGCAUCUGUAAAUAGAUAUUCAUUUUCAUAUCUUUGAUCUGUGUUCACUUUGCUGUAUUGUACAAAUUUUUUGUACAUUAUUCUGCAUUAGUUUAAUUAAAAAUUUCUUUUUGAUAAUUUUUAUAGAUAGUUCUUAAAUAUUUUCCCUUUUAGCCAAAUAUGUAGUUUCAAAUAUUCAUAUUGAAUGAUUUGGGAGUGAAAUAAUAUCAGUCACAGGUUUGUGCCAAAUUUUUUGUCAUAACACUGAGAAAGAAAAAUUGAAAGAACCAAAAUAUCAAGGGAAAAGAAGGAUUAAAAAAAAUAUCCAGCAUCAGGAACCAAAUUUUGUUGACAGAAUUGAUAUAUUUUAUUGAAAUAUUAACUUGUUAUUGUAUAUAUUUGUGUGAUGUGUUAGUUAUUUACUUUUAACUUAAAAUGAUAGCUAUACUCAGAGGUGGCUUAAAUGUCUUGGAUUUAAGGGCUUCUAGAUUUUUUAAUUGAUUGUUAAGGGUAGAAAGUGAAAGUUUUGGGGCAUAUUUUUUUCAGUUUUGUUUUGCUUUCUAUUUUUGAAUGAAAAUCUUCAUUUUAUUUUUUAGAGUUAAAUUUAGAAAGCCUGUAUGCUCCAUAUAAAAGACUUUAAUUAUCAAAAUUAUUCUUUAUUCAUUACGUUAGUUAAAUAGUUCUUAAAAAAAAAUGAAUAAUUUAGUUUUCUGUUCAAAUUAUUGAAACAACACAAAAUACAUGUUGCCAUCAUAAAAAAUUGGUACAUAUGAAUUCAUGGAAGGUUACAAAAAGUUAUUUUUAUGUAGAAUUAAUAAACCAUUAAAUGAUUUCUAUAUCAAAAAAUAUUUUCAUUUGUAUGUACUUCUUAUUGCUAAUGUACAGAAAUGUUCUUUCAACAAAGUCUAUGUUGGUUAUGAGUAUUUCAAAACUUAAUAUAUAUGUUAAUUUAAAGCAAUUCUUAUUCACUUCUCUAGUCAAUGAUUUUAAUCAAAAUACUUUGUAUAUUUGAAGCUUUUAUCGCUGCUGUAAAUGUUUGCUUUCAGCUAGAUGGUAAAAGUAGCCAGUAGUGUUUUUACAUAAUAGGAGUGCUUCUAUCGUUAAUGUUCUGUUAUCUUUGUUGUCAAUUUUUUUGUAGAAAAGAAUACCGGUUGAAUUGAUAAGUGAUGGGGCAGGUUCAUAUGAAAAAUAAUUGGAAUACUCAAUUUAGCAUUUAUAUGGAAAUAAAUUUGGUCAGAUUCAUGGUAGCAUUUUAAGAGGGAUGAGUCAAAGAGUAUAUGAUUUAAUGGAAAUACCCUUAAAUCAUAAAAAGUGUUUACCAAAAGCCCCUCCUACUUUUUGUCUCGCCUUGACAGAGUCAAAAAGCGAGACAUAGGUAUGCUGUUUUCUUCAGCGGCGGCGUCGUCAACAAUAUAUUAGUUUGGGAUUAGGUCAGUUUAUGGAGAACCACUUGUGGAAGGUCAAUGAUAUUUGGUAUGCAGUUGUAUUAGCAUUGGCACAUCAUAUUUCCAUGGAGAAUAUUUGGCCACGCCCCCUCAGUCAGUCUAUUGACAUUGAAACUUUUGCAUAGUUUUCAUGUAUUAGUUUCUGAUUAGGUCAAUUUAUGGGGAACCACUAGUGGUAGGUCAAUGAUAUUUGGUAUGCAGUUGUAUUACCAUUGGCAAAUCUCAUUUUAUGGAGAUUACUGAUUUCUGAAAUAGCCCAAUUGCCUUUCACGCAGAGCAUCAUUAAUAACAAACAAACACUAUUUUUUAUUCAGUUAGUAUUCAGAGUUGUUUGAAUACAAUGAUUUUCAAUGAAGAAAUAAUUAUGCCACACUGGAACAGGAUCUGAUUUACCAUCCAGAGCACCUGAGAUCACCCCUGGAUUUUGGUGGGAUACAUAUUGCUCAUUCUUUAGAUUUCUAUGUAGUGUUUUUUUACUGUUGUUUGUCUUUUUUCCAUUUUUGCCAAGAUAAUGACAGUUUUUCUUUGACUAAUGAUUUUUGGUUGUCCCUUUGGUAUUUUCUUUUUUUUUUUUUUAGGGCUAUUCAAUAUAAAUAAGCAUAUCUGUGAUUAAUAUGGCUAUAUUGUGUUUACUUGGCUGCAAUAAAUCCAAAGGAUUUAUAUAUUUUUGUAGUUAGUUUGUUUUGUAAGUAGUUUGUCGUGUCUUCAAUGAAAUAAUUUUCUAUGCAGAUUUUAGCUUUAGUGAAAACAAACUGAAUAUUUUUUUUAGUUUUCAGGUGUUUAUAGCUUUAAAACAGAUAACUUGUAAAUUUCAAUCAUAUUUAGUGUUGACACAGGCAAAUGGAGGCAAUCUUAAGAGUCUGAUGUAAUUCUGCAAAAAAAAAACAUUUUGGAAAAAUCUGAAUGCAGUUAUGGCCUUUAAUAGCAUGGAUACCUCCACUAUAUAUUUUUUAUAUUCCAAAUUUUGCACUGAUCAGUUUUAACUAAUUAUGAAUACCUAAAUAUUCUUUUUCUGUAGAAAUGUUUAUCUUUAUAUAUGUUCCCUUAUAAGUGUUUAUUAGUAAAUAAUUUAAUAUUGGAUGUAACACGUCUUCUGAUUGACUGAAAGUGUUUUGUCUAUCAGCUCAUAGACAUGAUUUUGUCAUGUGACCGUGACGUCACCAACGUUAUUUUCAAAAUUUACUCCUUAAAAACAGAAUUUAGAAUUAAAUUAUAAGGAAUGACUGUAAUAUUUUUUCUGUCUAUUCAAAAUAACCUAAAACAUGUGGUGCACACUUUUAAAUAACCCACUACACGGGUUAUUCAGUGUGCACCACAUUUUUAGGUUAUUUCUUCAUAGACAGAAAAAAAUAUUACAGUCAUUCCUUAAAGAACAUUCUUUCAUGCAACAAUAUGAUCAUUAUUAUCAUCAUCAUCAUAUUAUUUAUUUUUAUUAUAAAUUAUAUUCAAUAAAUUGUCUCUCCAAAUUGAUACCAAUUUUGGUAAAUAACUAAAUUUGUCUCCAGUAAAUUGACCUCAUAUUCAGUGAUGUUCAAAUUCAAUGAGCCUGCUGGUCACAGGAGUUAAAUUUCUUGAGUCCCAUUAGAAAACUUAUCUGUGACAGGUUCAGUGUUUGGUAGAGAUUUUCUUAAUAAUUUUUAGAUUUAAACUACAAAUCUGGCACUUAAAGUUUUCAUUAUGAAUUUGAAUAUGUCUGCAUCACAGGAGGAUCUACCAUGAUACUAGAAUAGUCAUAAUUUGUUUUAAGUAUUAGAUUGCUUGCUCAAGCUAAUGUACUAAAGAUAACUUUCGAAAGAUUUCUUAUUUUUAUUUUACUCUUUUGCCAAUGUUUUGUGUGUGAUUUGAAUAUUAAAGUAUUUUUUUUGCCGAUUUUAACUAAAUAUCAUACAAUGUUAAAGUUUAUUUUUGCAUUUUUAGGUUUUCUUUCUGUAAGAAUAUUCAUUCUUACUUUACCAUGUUACAGUUAAAAAAACUAUUAUCAGGACUGUGAUAAAAUCAGUCUUAUUUAAAACAUAUGCAUUAUGGCAUAUCAUGUUCAGUCAUAGAGUUAACUCCUAAAGUAGAUUUUUGUCUUAUUAUUUAUUCUAACGUCAUUCUUAUUUGGACCAUAAUGAGCAUGUUGGAGUUCUCUGUUUCUUAAUGAAGGACUUAACUUGUUUGCAAUUGUUAAUAAAAGAAAAGGAGUAAAUUUUGUGCUGAAAUUCUGGUUAAGUAACCCUUUUGAUAGAGAGAACCUGUGAAAGUUAAUCAAUGAUAAUACUUUACAUAUUCAUGAUUUGUGUCUCUGUUCUUAAAAAACAUGUAUGAAAGAGAAGCUUUGUAUGUAUAAAAUGUUAUAGUAUUAAUAUUAGAUAUAUAUUUUUUCUGUUUAAAUGUUAUUAUAUAUACAUUAAUGGUAUUAUAAAUUCUAAUUUUACAAUCUUUACAUCUGUAUAAUAAAUUAUGAGACUUCA